AUGUUUCAGUAUGUCAUCAACCAACCUACGCGUGAUUACAUACUAGCGUACAUUCCAGUUGAAGAAUUUGAAUAUUUGACGAAUGCAGAAGCUGUCCCCACUACAUCAUACAAGCUGGUCCUACCUGAAGAAUAUGACACCGGAGCUGUAAUUGUCAUAGAUGAAACCACCUAUUACAAUGGGCUGUUCAACUCGAUAGGGUGUACACCGAUCUUUCUGAACCAAGGACUUCCAGUUUAUACGUUCUCUACGGCAAUUCCCAUCUAUCAACAAAUAAGCUUGCCAACCAUAUCAGUUCUGCCAUCUGUAUCAGUACCAACUAUCACUAUAUCAGCACCAGUUUCCUUUCCAACAACAUCAAUCUCUAUACCAACAUUGCCAUUAAAUUAUGUGAAACACGAUAAAGUCUAUGAAGAUUCUCCAGUUGAAGAGGUGGCAGCAGCAGCAGUGGCGCAGUCAGCUGUGGCUCCAGUAGUUGAAUCAGUUCCUUGGACAUCAGCACAAAUACUAAAUGGUGUACCAAACAGUAAUAUGGCUAUUGAUUCUAAUAGUAGAGCAUUGCUUGGGAUGUUAAGGAAUAUUCCAGUUGCAGACAAUGAAUUAGCCAUCAAAAAUACAGAUAAUGCAAAUAUUAUUAAUAAUGUGGCAAAUUUUAAUACAGCAACCAAUGCAGUUACUAUGGCAGAAUCGAAUUUAAUCAAUGUAAAUAUUGGUCCGAAUAUUCCAACGAAUUUCAAUAAACUAGAAAGUGAUAAAAUGGCAAACACUAAUUUCAUACAAGACGCUGAAGUCUUUAAACUUCUCAAAGAUCCAGUUAAUAAAUCAACUCUUGCAAAUAAUAUUUUGGCAAAUAAUGAUGUAGCAGGAGGAUUAAGAACACAAUCGCUAAAUUUGAAAAUAGGCAAUCCUUGUAAUUGCAAAAAUGGCAUACAAGGUAAUAUAGGCAAUCAAGAUUUUGGCUUUCAAAUUGCGCCGGAUAAUUUGGAGAUUUUGGGUACAGUUACUGUCAUUGGCAGAUUGCCGCUACAUAGUGUAGUGGCUAUAAAUGGAAAUAUACCAACAAAUGGUCAAGGUUCCGUUAAUUUUAGUUCUAGUCCACGAACAAAUUCUGUAUCUCUAUAA